GAGGAUGACGAUGGGAACGCGGCGGCGGCGUAUGGAAUGGGAGAGGUGGGGAACCGGAGGAUGGACCGUAUUUACCCGUUCUCCUCGUUUGCGAGCUCGACGCAGAGGAGGAUCAAGCUACAGUAUGAUGAGAUCGUCGAGUCCAAUAAAGCCAAGACCUUGACAGUCGCUCAGGUUGGUCAGUUCAUCAACUGUCUGGUUGACGCAAGAAAUGAAUUGCAGCGCAAGUCAGAGAUUAUUCAAAGGAGUUUCAAAAUAAAGAAAGCAUUAUUGUAUAAAGCUGACAGAUCUUCUUUUGAUCGUCUUUGCCAACAGAUAUACAAACUAGAAGCUGAGCACAAGAGAGUGGAGGAAGAUGCAACUGUUUAUAAUCUACUUCAGGAGCAGCUCAAGCUCUCACCAGCAUAUAAAACAAUGCUCGAGGUUAGCGCAAACAUGGAGCAGAAGGCUGAAUCAGACCAAGCUGCCGAAUUGCCUGAUAUCUCAUUCGAGGAGUUCUUAGCUCAGGAAAAGAAGGAUUUGUUCUGGCAAAGAAACCGCAAGCUGAGAUAAUUAUCUGGUGUACAUUUGCUGUCCAAAGAGUUUAUUCAACCACAGUAGGACUGUUUUCUUUUUUCUUUUGGGAUGUCCAUGUGCAUCUCUUAGUGUUGUCUUCAAGUGCUCUUUUAACUGGCUGUAGAACUUGUGGACUGCUAUCAAGCAUAGAAGAGUGGAUACUAAUUGCUUACAGGUCUGAUGUGUUAUUUGUUGGUCCUCAAAUUUAGGUCUGUGAUGUUACAUUGUAAACAUAUUUGCUGAAUCCAUACUAAGAGAUUUGGGCUGUUUUUGAUAUAUGUAAAACUACAAAUGUAUGAAGUUACAAAUUGUUUAGAGUUAUUUGA